AUGCUAGACGAUAUACAGGCGUCGCGGCCGCCGGUCCCUGGUGCCGCUCAGUCUCAAAAGACGAAACUCAGAGUGAUUCAGAGAUUUCUACACAGACUCAGCCUGGUUCAUUCAAGGGUGGAAAUUCUCUUCAAGUUUAAGAGUAUUGACUACACAUACCAUCACACAUUUGGGGGCAAGGCAGAAGCCAGAGUCUCAGGAAUGGAUCAGGCUAUUGUCAUGGACAGCACCAGAUAUGGACUGUGCCCAUUCUCUCGAGGACCACUGCCAUCUUGCAGCAGGCUGCACCCUGUUUUAGGAGAGAGGGUCGAGCUCUCGCUCUCCUCAGAGGCAGUGGAGACGGGGCUAUGUGGAGAGAUUAGCUUCGUUCCCAUGGCAACGCUCGGACCAUGCAUGGCUCAGUAUCCCAACUGGCCGACUCGCCUGUCGCGGAUACGUGUGUUUGUGUACGGCCCCUGUAAGAUGCCUCUGAUGAGAGCAGCCGGAGAGGAACCCAUGAGCUUUCUGAGGAAACUUGCUGCCUCACUGUCCUGGACAGAGCUGGGCCUGUCUGGAGUCCAUUAUACUGAAUUACAGCCAAAUGAGGACUACCCAUAUGCCGACAUUGAGUUUUUAGUAGAAACUGAUGUUCAUCCUGAAAGGGAGCCAGAGGGGAGUACUGUCAUCCGACAGGAACCAAAGCCAGAAUGCAAUCAUGCCAUAGAGCAAAGCAUUACUCUGUUUUUCCUCCUCCAACACAAUGACCCUUUCCAGUCCCAGCUCUCUGACUUCAUCACUAGUGAAGAGGUUUUGGAGAGGCAUUUGGACAGACUACUUUGGCUCAACAGAGAGAAAGUGCAGGCUUCACUACAGUCAGUUCUGCAAAACACACUGAUGAGCUAUAAGAAAAGACAAAUGGCCAAGAGAAAAAUGCAGUCUGCUCUAUCAGUCAUGCUAAACUCCAUGACAAGUGUAGUCAGCAGCAGCAGCAGUGCAAGGUUCAGGACGGCCUGCCUGGAUUACAUGAGGGUACAGGAUACCCACGAAUUAUCAGCUUCUCUGCGUCAGUCUUUUCAGCGUAUAACAGACAGUCGGUUUGUUCCUAGUUGUGGGUGUCGUGCUGGAAAGAUUGAAGAGGGCGUGAACUUUCACCAGAAUGGAUCUGGGACCAGGGAAGACCUGGUUCUUAAGAGAGCUCAUCAAAGAGGACAGACAUCCUGUGGUUCUAAGAAACAGUGUUCAGAGAAGACCAAUGUGACACCCUCAUCAUACUGUCCUAGCACCUCAAGGAUGACCAUCUUUCUCAUGCAGCCAUCCCAGAGUCAGCAUAGUCACCUGGGCAAUACCACUCCCUCCUCUUCAUCCUCAGGCACCUCCGAGUUUGAAAACGAACAAGUGGAGAAGGAGUGGCUCCAGGAGAUUGAAAAUAUACCUGAGUGGGACUGA